GCCUCACUGGCCGUUUGCGGGAGACCGCCAUGGCAAACCUAGGCUUUCGCUGUGUUCGCGCCCUGCUUGCCGCUCUGCUGGGGUCCGCGCUCUUCUCGCUGCUGGUGUCGCCAGCGGGAAGCUACGGUGGUCAUAACCUCGGAGACUGGGAGAAACCUACGACAAUGCCGCCGCUGCCACCCCGCCAGGACGCGGCGCGCGUGGCCCGGUUUGUGACGCACGUCAGUGCCUGGGGCGCGCUGGCCACUAUCUCGACGCUGGAGGCGGUGCGCGGCCAGCCCUUCGCCGACGUGCUGUCACUCAGCGACGGGCCUCCGGGCGCGGGCAGUGGCGUGCCCUACUUCUUCAUGUCUCCCUUGCAGCUCACGGUCCACAACCUGGAGGAAAAUCCGCACGCCUCGCUCACCAUGUCUUUGGCGCAGACUGACUUCUGCAAGAAGAACAAAUUUGAUCCGCAGAGUCCCCUGUGUGUUCACAUAAUGCUUUCAGGAACAGUGAUCAAGGUGAAUAAAACGGAAAUGGACUUUGCAAAACAUUCAUUAUUCAUUCGUCACCCCGAGAUGAAAACCUGGCCAUCUAGCCAUAACUGGUUCUUCGCUAAGUUAAAUAUAACCAAUAUCUGGGUCUUGGACUACUUUGGUGGAGCCAAAAUAGUGACACCUGAAGAAUACUAUAAUGCCACAAUUCAGUGAAGUACCGCGGCGACUUGAACCUCACACGUGAAGUUUCUCAGGAUGGUUCACGCACACUGAAAGGCCUUAACUUCUCGUGGGCAUUUCCUAGAGUGUUGGUCAGUUUUCUGUCUCAUGCUGGUUGGUUUGCUUGUUUGCUUAUAAAAUAAUGUUGGGCCUGUACUGAAUUUCUUGGAAAACGUGAGUCUUUUUUCCUUCCAUAUUUUGAAGCUAUUUGCAUAAAGAAACCUCUUUUAUUAUAAUCAAAGAAGUUUUGUAUUAUCAAUUCAAUUAUUUUUCCAGUGGUGGUCCAUGAAGAACAAGUGUCAGAUUUAGAUUGGGCUGGGGAUUUAGCUUAGUGGCGUAAGUACCUGCCUGGCAAGCGUGAGGUCAUGAGUUCGAUCCUCAGUACCAAAACCACAACAGAUUGAGAUCACCCCUGGGCCGCUGGAGGUGCUUGAUUCCUGGCAGAUACUGUGCUGCGUGCCUCCUUGCCCCAGCUGCACCAGCGCUCCUGUCCCUGGCCUUGAGGACAAACAGGCGCUUUCUGCUCCUGUCUCUGUUCAUCAGACAAUUCUGUGUAUUCCCCAUCCAACAGAGGCAAAAAAGUUCUCGUAAGGAACUUCCCAAGCUUUUUACAUUCAAGGCAUUGGUAAAACUCACUCUAGUCGGCCUCUUCCAUUCAAAGCAUGCACAUAUACUGUUUUCCUUUUUGGCCCCAAAAUGGGAUUGCAAAGGAAAGAGAAGGGCAGGGGUUUUGCAUAUUUCUGAUACUCUGUUCUAAGUAGAAGUGUGAACCAGCUUCAGCCGGAGCCAAAAUUCCCCCUCCUCAGCUGCUCUCCACAGCUUUUUAAUAUAAACGUUCUCAAAAGUGACCUCAGCCUUCCUCAGCUGCACUAAAUCUAAAUAGCUCUGAAUGCUUUGCUACCUCAAUCAAGUCAUCUGAGGGAAGAUAACAUGGCCGUUAAAAAAGAAAUCACAUUUCAGAAGAGAAGAUACUCUAGUUUUAAACCUACAUAUUUGAUUUCAAGAUGUGUGAGAUCGUUCUGAAAGAAGUAGCAAGAAUUAAACCACUGAAUCCUUAAAUGAAAAAGAGAAAUGAGUCAUCAUGCUUGCUAACAAGAGGAUGAACUUAAAUCUAGCAGACAGCUUUUGUUUAAGAAAAAUGAUGUACGUUAAACUUAGUAAAAUACACCUGUUAUUCAGAGCAUCCGUAAUUCCAUAACAAAUGUAUUCAUUAUGCAUCUCAGACAUGAACUAAUACAAAAUGCAAAGGAUCAAUAAUUAAAGCAUUAUUUAAGAAA